AUGGCGGACUUUGGCGAGGGUCAUACCUGUUUAGAAUGUGGGAAAAGUUACAAUAAGAAAUGGAGGCUUGAGGAGCAUAAGAGGUCCCAUACAGGAGAGGUAGGUUUGUGUCCUGUGUCCUUCGAACAAAAUCUGUAGAUUUUAUGCGCUUUAAACUCUAAAUUGAAAGGGUAGUUCAUCUGACACGUGUUGUUACUCUGUUCGUCCGGUACGUUUUGGUUCGUCACUAAGGCAUUGAACGUGAGUUCGAGGAAUUAUUAUAUGUUGAGAACUGGGCCAAAAAAAUCUCCCUUUAAAUAUAACUCGCUUUUUUCCUUUAAAUUUCAUUUAAAAUGAUUUAAGCUUUAGUGUGUAAUUCGAUUAUGCCGGAAUCGUGCAUUAUAGACGACGUCAUGCAAUAGCCGCAAGCUUACAUGUAUUACACGAUCUUACAUGCUUGUUCACACCAAAGCUCCAACUCACUAAACUGUGGAAGAUCCAGUACAGUGCUUUCUUCUCCAGAAAUACAGAGUGAAUUUUAUUGGAAAGCAAUCAAAGGCAAAUUCUCAUUACUCGAAGUGGCCACUUUCUGAGAAGAAUCUCAUUUUAUGGAGUACGUGUUCACCCAAUCAAUUCAGUUGAAAGGCUAAACCUAAGGACUGCCAAAUUUUUAUGAAGAUGGAUACUGGGCUUUCUUUUUUAGGCAUUUUUUUUUUUAAUUUAGCCUAUUUUUAGCCUGAAUGACCACUUGCUCAUUAAUCCAUGUGUAAUAAAUGGUAAAGAAGAAGAAGAAGAAGAAGACUUUAUUUAUUGAGGAUAGCACGUGAUAGUGCACAAACACUAAUAAACUUGUGGUCCUCCUAAUUACAAUAAAUAUAUAAAUACAAUAGAAUCAUUAAUAGAAUGAAAUAUAAAUAGAAAAUUAGCUAAAACAAGUAAGAAUAUAUAAAACUACUAUCAAUAAAAUUUACGGAAUAAAAUGAGCUAAGCAUGAUUGGUCCUUAUAGUAAUAUUUAAAUACGUUGUCUUUAAAGGCCUUAAGUGUAUUAGACUUUUUUAAUUCAGGCUUUAACUGAUUCCAUAAUUUUAUGGCAGAAACUAGAAAAGUUUUCCCUCCUUCUCUAGCCCUUUUAAACUUAGGUAAUAAAAAGUUGUAUUUACAAAAUCUAGUGUUGCGUGAAUGUACUGAACUUAAUAAUCUUAAGCUAUCAUUAAGAUAAUUAGGUACACAAUAAUUAAUCCUUUUAAAUAGUAUUGAACAUUUAGCCAUCUUAGUAGAGUCAUAAAAUGGUAUCCACUUUAAACGAUUGAAUAGCAUAACUGAUGAACUACGUGGUUCAGCAUCUAAUAGAACCCUAGCAGCUCUCUUUUGUAGCCUAAGUAUUCUUAAAAGAGAUUCAUUAGAGCAAAGUGACUGCCAUGCAACAUUGGCAUAAUCAAAUAAUGGCUUAAUUAAACUAUUAUAAAAUAAAAGUCUUUGGUUAAAUGGUAAACAAAGUUUGAUCUUAUUCAAAAUUCCAAUUCUUUGUGAAAUUUUUUUACACAGACUGUCAACAUAAGUGUUCAUUGAUAAAUCGUGGUCAAUGUCUAUACCAAGAAGUUUAAAAGUUUAAGUGAUUAACUUAAACACUGUAAACACUGUAAAGUGUAAUAAACACGAGAUAAUGGUAUCCAAACAUGCUUUCUGCCUGCAGUGUUUGUCUAGAAAUAUGAGUAUUGGUUAUAAUUGUAAUUUUACCCGCAGAGACCUUUUAAGUGCGAGUUUGAAGGAUGUGGCAAAUCCUUUAUCAGACCAUACCAUCUGAAGCGUCACUCACUGAUCCACACAGGACAAGAAAUUUUUAAGUAUACAAUUGUUUAUUCAUAUACAUGGCUUUUUAUGGCCCCUAGGGAGAACAUUUCCACAUGUGAGGGAAUUAACCCUUUAACUCCCAGAAGUGAUUAACAUGUAACUUCUCCCCAUAACAUCCCAAUGUAAAUCUGCAACAAGGUAAUAAGAAUACUCAAACUUGUCUGGUGGCUUUUUUCUUGAUCUAAAACCAAAUUAUUUUAACUAAUUUCUUAGGAAAUGUGCAGCAAUUAGAGGGGAGAAUUAAGGGUUAACUUUGUACACCCUAACAUCAAUAUGCAUAUUCUCCAUACUGUUCUCUAUACUUUUCAUAAGGUGCUGACAAGGAGAAUUUGUUCACCAAUCAAAAGCUAAUGUUUCAAUGGUGAUCAUUUCCUUUGUUCUCAUGACCUUAAUGUGUGAUUCACAGGUGAUACUGAAGGGAGAAAUUAGAUGUUAGUCACUCUUGAGGUUUAAAGGGUUAAGAACUGUGCAGUGGGGGACUCUAUCAAUUGCAGAUGUGGACCCAAAGUUAUGGAUUUUUUUUCUAGACCUGAUGUGCACAGUCAAACAUCUACAUGUAUAUAUUCUUUACCCAUUCCUUUUUUUAUUUUUAAUUUUUUUGAAAAAUGUUCAAACCAGUUUCAUUCUGAUAUUUUUCAUCUUUGACUUUGAUCACUAUCUCAAAGACUUAGAAGAAAUGAAAGAAACUGCUUUGAAUCUCAGACCAUAAGAUUUGAUGUUAAAUACAAAAGAAAGGUAUUUUAAAACUUUAUCUGCUUGUAUUGCUCCUACCUUUCUUGAAGUCAGAUCCUGGCUCCAAAGAUCCAAGUGUGUUACAAAUGCAUUCAAUUAGUGAUCAUGGUUUAAACCAUCCCUCUCCCAGCUAUAGACAUGUCAGUGUAUGCCAUCAGUACAACAAACAAUGAAAUUCUGUUUUAACUAAUACAAUUACAAAUAAUGUGUUCUUCUCUAUAGAUGUUCCUACCCAGGCUGUACACAAACCUUCUCUCUCAAGCAUAAUUUAAAGAGGCAUGAAAAGAGAUCACAUAACAAACCAUUUAAGGUAAAGAUCUUAUCAAAUAACUUUGUAAUUGUAUAAUUAUGUACAUGUAUAUUUUGUGAUCAAAUUUUAUCUUUUGCUCAAAUUAAACUGUAUAUUUUCAUUUGUAAUAAAAGAAGUCCAAUCUAUGUUUUUUUAUUGUAUUGAUUAUGUGAGAGUAAAAGACAUAUUGGUCUUAAACAUGUGACAAUUUUUUUAGAAUUCAGUGGGUGCUUAUCAAUAUGACCAGGUAUUCGUCAGUUUGUGUCAUCAAACUUGGAUGAACUUUGAAGUGCCACUGUAAUGGAAUAUUCUCGUACUUUUUCUUGGGAUUGUGACUUCAUCAAUAGAAAAAUUCAUCAUGCCAUGUAUCAGUUUUAAGUCUGACUUUGUGAAUGUUUCCUGUUUCAACUGUGCAUCAUCACUAGUUUGCAUUUUGCUCAAGGUGUAGAUGUUGAGGAAAAAAGGAUGUCAAAGACUUGCUACAUGUAGCUAGUUUUAUCUAGGUUAAAAAUGAUGUGUUUCUAAGGUCCUCACUGGUUUUUUUUGUCUACUUUGUUAACCCUAUUUCACAGUGCCAUUACGAGGGAUGUGAUGAGGCUUUCAAGAAAAGCACUCAGCUUAGGAGACAUAUUUGCAUUCACACAAAUGAAAAGCUGUAUAAGUAAGUUUGACUGGAUUUAGUUGAGUCCUCUUUCAGUACACUACACAAGGAUAACUUCACCUAUGUUAUUUGAGUCGAAACAGGUUAAACAUUAUAAUUGUAUUUAUUACGGUAAUUACUUAAAUAAGUGUGGUAGGGCUUAUUUAUUUUUUCUAGCCUUACAUUCCACCCUUAUUCUGCAAAUGAUACUCAUUCAAAAAUAAGAUGUACACUGUAUCAAAGAAAUGUUCUCUUUUUUAUUUAACAGCAUAUUAUCUUUCUGUAUGAAACAAUUUUAUAACUAACAGAGGUGUCCUUUGAUCAUCACUUUCUUCUCUCCCAGCUCUUCCAAUUGCAUCACUAAUAAUGUCUUCACUCAACUUCGAUCUAAAUAAUGGCCCCUUUUUUGAUCUGAGUCUAUGGGGCCUAGCAUGGGUUAACUCUUUCCAACAUUUACAUCUAAAUCCUUACAUUUACAUUCCAAAGAAUUUGCUCAUAGUUCCAAUGAGGGAGGUGCAUAUUCAGGGAUAGCUCUUUUUCAAGUACAUAAGGUAGUCAUGUACAUUUGUAUGUUUUUUUAUCAUCGCAGGUGUCAGGUGGAAGGCUGUGGCACUGGGUUUGAUAGUCUAUCGAAGCUUCAGAAUCACAUGAAGAAGCACAACAAAGGUAAUACAUAAGUGUUCCAUGAUAGAUUUUAAACUAUGAGUACGAAAUAUUAAGGAUACAAGAAAUUCUUUUGUAGAUUUAUUUCUGUUUUCUUCAUUAAAUUUUAACAAGAUAGGCAUCAUCAGCCACUGGGUGUGAUGUUUGGUUUUAAAAUGUUUUAGGCACAAGUGGUGAUUGUUUUGAAGCACAAUAAACCUUAAUUCAGAUGAUACCACCUGUAUCAUUGUCAAUCUGGAUGACAGCACCCUACAGGGUAUAUCACAACACUUUUAAAUAAAGUGAACUGGGAAGAAAAAAAUUAUAUCAUGCUGCUGUCAAUCAUGUUGCAUGGGAAAUCUGUGCUUUGCACUUUAUUGCAGACAGUUGAAAGGUUCUGUUACUGAGUUUUGAAAUGGAAGACUUUAGUCCAGUUUUGCUUUGAUGAGAUUUGUGUGAGGCUACAGGAGUUUGAAUGCAAUGUAAUGUGACAACUGUUAAGGAAAUCAAACUAAUUCUUAAUAUGCUAAAGAAACAAAAUAAUAAUUAACAACUAUUCACCAGAGUGGAGGUGGCCAGUGGUGCCACUUGGGUGAAUAUCUUUUUUGGUAUGUACUAAAACAGUGAGAUAAUGUACAGUAGCACAGAAAGAUGAUUGAAACUCAUUUAUUCCUACAAAGAUCACAAUAUUUUGUGGUGCAAAUCCUGUGCAAGUCUGAGUGUGUCUUAAUGCUAUCCACUGUUUUAACACCUAGUGAUAAACUUUUUUUUUUUAAUCAUUCUGUUCUUUCUUAAUCCAGGAUACAUUUGCAGUACACCAGGGUGCUCUGCAGCCUUUGACAAAUUUUCAAAAUUAGCAGUGCACAUGAGAAGUCAUGGUAUGUAUCUUACACUGAGAAUGCUACAUUUACUUGAAACCAAACUUUUGUUCUGCAAGAGAUAAUUAUACAUUUCCUCUAUGUAAAAAUUGUGAUUUUAUUUGUCAGGGGUUUCUUGCAACCAUUGUGGCAAGACCUUUUCACAAGCUUGUGAGGUAAGUGUUUUAUCCCUAAUAUGAGUUACUGUUAAAUCCUGUCAGUAUGGAAUCAAUUUGUAUAGCAGACACAUUGCAAAUGAAUUAAUUUGUUUAUUCAAAAUGCUCUGAUUCACUUGUUUGUACAAAUAAAAUGUCUAUAUUUUGAAUUUGCUGGAACAAGUGUUCAUUAUACCCCAGCCAUUGACAUGCCCUUCAUAUGGAGCUGGCAUUCUUUGAACCUCUGUAUUUCAGGCUAACAACACAAAGGAGCCUAAUCUGCAUGUGUAGGGGUUUCAAUGACUUUUUUAAUAAGUAACCAAGUGUGGUGCAAUAGGUAGCUGCCAAUGGUGCAGUAGGCAGCUGCCAAUGGUGCAAUAGGCAGCUUCCAAUGGUGUGAUAGGCAGCUACCAGUGGUGCAACAGGCAGCUGCAAAUUGUGCAAUAGGCAGCUGCCAAUGAUGCAAUUGAUGGCUGCAAAUUGUGCAAUAGGCAGCUGCCAAUGAUGCAAUAGGCAGCUGCCAAUGGUGCAAUAAGCAGCUGUCAAUGGUGCAAUAGGCAGCUGUCAAUGGUGCAAUAUGAGACUGUGCGGUAAGGCGAAACCCAACCGUAAGAGCCUACUCGCAGGCUAAACAGACUGUGGUGAGAGCACACUGUUUUAUUCACCUCAAUGUGACCUGAUUGUGUUUACAGCUCAGGAAGCAUGCUGUCAUACACAAUACGAAUCGGAAACUGUACGAAUGCCCCAGAGAGGGAUGCUCAAAAGUAUAUUUGAAGGUAGGUUACCUUAAAAAAAAGCUGCUGGAAUCUGAAAACACAAAUUCUAUCAAAGAGGAUAGAAAGAAGCUUUUGUGUCAAAUUACAGUGGUUCAUGUAAAUUUUCAGCCCACAAGACUUUUUGUAGAAUUAUUCAUCUUGCUCAGAAAACAGUGAUGAAGAGUUUCCCCGAUAGCCGUCCGUCACUGAACUAAUGGAGCAUGCUGUGCUAUCCUGAAUAUUGAAAGUCAACUGCUCGGCGUGUGUAGCAUAAAACACUGUAUUUCACUUUAUGCCAGCUGCAUUGAACUCGACAUUUUGAUUUGCUUAUUUUUCAGGCAUUUAACCUCAGAGUACACAUCAAAGCCUUCCAUGAGGGCCACCGGCCUUAUCUGUGCACAUGGGAAGGCUGUGCAAAAGGAUUCGCCCAUAAGGUACAGCGCUUCAUGCUUUAUCUUUUUCAUUUUUUUCUUUUUUCAUUAAAUGUUUAUGAAAUUAUAUUCCUGAUAUUUUGUGUUGCUUUUCAAUGUUUGUUUCCCCUUUGUGUAUCUACAGAAUUCUCUCAGAAAACAUCUAGUGCUCCACGCAGAGAGAAGAAUAAAGCCAACACCGUCUCCUCAAGACAGAUCACCGCCUAAGGUACGACUGUGUGUCUUUUAUUGAAAAAAAUUCCAUACAUUGACGAGUCUGAGGUUUUUAUGCAAAAUCUUUUUUGUACUAUUAGAUGUAAAAAAAAACACUUAAAUUGUUACUAUGAAACAGUUCAACACUACAAAAAUACGAAAGGAAAUAAAGAAAUUUGAACGCCGCAAACAACCACACUGUAAAAUUUAGUGUAAAACUGUGAAAUUUUGGCGAAUAUUCUCUAAAAACUUUUUAUUAUUCUUUUUUUUUGAAUGCUGCGUGCCGAGGUGUACUGUUUAACGUUAAAUUUUAAAAUAUCGAAAUUCAGUUGCUCACAAAAGCGUUCAAAAUUACUUAUUAAAUAUCCUGUGUUCGUAUAUAGAGAAGAGUAGCACUCUUAUGCUCAUAAUACCGGUUUGUCCCUUUUGUAGAAAAAAAAGAAGAGAAGAAAGCCACUAUCACUCGCCAAAAAGCUCAGUGGGUAUCGCUCCUCCUUUUCUGAAAGCUCCGACACCCAGUGCGCGGAUACAGCGCCGAAAAAGAGAAAAACUUCAUAUACUCAAUCCGGGAGGAAUGAAACGGACAGCACCAAGCACACAGAUCCAAAUGUGAGGCAAGAUGUAAACAUGCAACGAACUAAUCUCAACACGAGUGGCUUAAACGGCAUCACCGAGGCAGCGAAAAUGGCGUCUACAUCUCUUAACGUCGUUUCGAAUAGCACGUUUGUGGCUCAAUUAAGUGAUGCUACUGUGAACCCUGAAACACAGGGUAGGUUUGAAGGAGCUCAGGGUCAGGAUAUUGUAGCAGACGGUUCUUCGGUCUCUCUGACUUCAUGUGAUGAUUUUGUAAUAUUGCCAAAUGUGGUUGGUAAAAGACCCGAGGAACUGCAAGAUGAAGUUACCUCAAGUCUUUCGACAAACAACGGUCUUGGACAAAAUGCAGACUCUUUUGCAGGUGAUGGUAGCAUGUCUCCUUCCUCUGAUGAUGGAGGAGAAUUCAUGGAUUUUGAACCAGCCGUUGGUGAUAAUUCUGUGGCUAAUUCCCCUUUACCGUGCGAAUCUGAACCUACAACUGACUUGGUGGAACCAUUUAAGUUUGGAGAAGCUUCGAGUGACCAACAGUCAUCUGCUGGCCUAGUACGAAGGAACAUUGAGGGUUCGCCUUUUGGAGUCGACGCGGAAAUAAUCUCGACUAUGGUGACUACUGUACGUGUAAAUGAUUCUUUAGGAGACAAUGACUCGGCUUGUUCGAACCCGUCCAAAGUUUCCAGUCCAGUUGAUCAAGUGCAAUCAGUUGGAACAAACAGUGUCCAAAACAUUGGUGGGAAAGGGAUUAUGGAAUCCAGUGACAUCCGUUCUUCAAUGACGGGUGAUAAAAACAAUUCUGACGCAUUCUGCUCUGUAUCAGAUGAAAUAGCUUCGGUUUCGCAGCCUGGACCACCUCUUGGAGGUGACAAUAACGUAGACGAAAACGGUGUCAGCGACAAACUUGCCAACGUUACAAAAGUCGUAGACUUCCCGAUUAUGGACGAUGUGCUUCAAAUUAUCGAGGAAGAAGAAAACGAACAUGACAGCGUUCGGUGUGGAAAAAUUACUGACAGUAAGAGUGCUGAUAACGAUGAGGUGGUAAGGAUGGAUAACCUAAGAGUCGAUGAUACUGGCUAUAGAGCAGACAUAUGUAUUGAAACACGGUUAAUGAGUCCCACCAACCCGGAGGCGGAAGUCCCACACGGAAACGAAGGCGAUGGAGAGUUACCGGAAGAGCAAGACAUGGUAGAUGAUAAUUUCAACGGUGCUUCUCAUCACGAUAAUAUCGAUAGCGAUGAAGAGGACAUCGUUCUUUCAGAACUGGUGAAACGGUUACGAGACUCUAGCGAGCAUAAGACCCGAGCAACGAGUGACAGAGAACACAAGGAACAAAGCUGUUCAACUAGUUCAAACCGUAACACGAGACGAGGAGAUGAAACGUGUGGUCUAGGACGUGAAACAAGUCAAAGUGAGGGCAAGACGACGGUUAUUGAGAAAAAUUCGCGGACGAAAAGUCCACAAAUUGACUCAACCCGUGUCACUAACAGUGUGAACGACUCAAACUCCACUGCAGAAGUUGCUCCAGACAAAAUUACCGUGGAAGUGAUAUCCGGGACACGUGAACGGUUUUGUAAGCCGAAUUCAAACCAAAAAAGUAAGAAAAAUGGUGGUGUUCAACUAACCGUGAACAAGUCCGCCUUGCGCACCCAAGCAAAAUCUCUAGCCCCUCGGAAAGAAAAGUCUCCGAAAGGCGCCAGUCAAACUAAUGGUAACAACUUGAAGGGUGACAAUUCUGGCUCGGGGACAAGAAGGAAUUCUGAUAUAAUCGCGGGCAAGAAAGAUGAAUAUGUCAGGGACGUUUCCAAAGCCAAGUUUCGAACUAAAGACAAUAUUUUUGCCUUUGAUGUGCAAACGUUGGAAUUAUUAUGGAAUUUUAAGGGGAAGUGACUAAAAACGCUUUUUAAGGCUGCCAGCAGUGAGUCACUAAGGCGGCUCACUGGGAGUUUCGAGUUCAUUAUCUUGCGGCAGCUCUGGCAGUUUGUUGGAAGACCCAAAACUUUAUACACUAGUUUUGAGGAAUUGACAUUUUUCAGUCAUCAGUCUUGAUGUUUUGUCGACAUAUCUCAGUUGGUCUAUCUAAAUAGAGAACCCACCUGAUAAUUGCUUGUUUUUCCACCGGAAGUUCUGAUAAUUGUUAUUGUUAUUGAAACUUCUUGUAAUUUUGGUUAUCGAUGGAGCUGUCUUCCCUGUUUUGAUCCCUGAACACCGUCACUAACAACAGCAAUUAGAGAAAAGUUAGCAGGUCUGUACGUUGAAUGGUAGAACCUUAAAGCCUUUGUGUUAUGGAUAACUGCUACCGUUGUAAGGCAGUGAAAACUGUGAAAAAUGGUCUGAUUUUAAACCACAUCUGGGAUUGCAAUCAAACGUUUAUUAUUUCAAUUGCUGUUUUCAAAAAGGAUUAAAACUUUAUCAGUAAAUCAGGUGCAACACUAUUUCUGUUUGACUAAAUGCAGACGAGGUAUAACCUAACCGGGUUUGCCUAAAAUUUGUGAACAAAAUAAGGUAUUUAUAUCUAUUUAAAUGUAUGAUAUUCGAAGUUCAAAAAAAAACAAAGGUAUCAAUAAUUUGAUGAAAUAAAAAGCAGUCUAUGACUGCAUGUGCCUACUGUGGUAUAGUUGUAGAGUAUUGCAGUAAAAAAGCAAAGUGGUGUAAAAUGCAGAGGGGUUGGAAUGAACAACUCUUGUCAAUGCCAAAAUUGUGACAAAAGGACGACUUAGCUAGAACAGAGUUUGUGCAAUGGUAAAGUGAAAGGUCGGAACAAGGCGGGAAAUUAAUCCUUUAAUCCCUAAGAUUGACAAGGUUCUAAGUUCUUACAAUAUCACCUCUGAAUAAAAGGUUUAAGUCACAAGAAUAAAGAAAAUGAUGAGCAGC